ACGAUGCUUGCUGCGGUUUAACAGGAUAAAUCAAGCUGUGACUCAUCUGCACAGCUGAACUUUGACCUAUGAUGCUCAGAAGGAACUGAGACUAAAGUAAAAAUAAAAUCAGUCUCAGUGACGGAAAUAAAAAUGAAAGCCAGACUUUAGAAAAACAGGAAACCUGACCACAAAACUACCCCCUCCCCCCCCCCAGCUGCGUGUCUCCACCCCUGCAUGAUCACGUGCCUGGCUCAGGGCGGCAGCAGGGUGCAGUUUUAGAGGAAGCACCUGCGCAGACUCGGUUCUUCUGCGCUGUGACGCUGAUCAGCUGUUUCUCCGUCAAAGUGAAAGUAAAAGUGUUCUCGCUCGCGUCACAGCUCCAGGAUCAGCUGAUCCGACAGGUUCGCUCUUCCUCCUCCGCAGGUGUCCUGGACACGCAGCUGAAAAUGACAAGCCAGCGAGCUGAAGAUGCCACGGAAACCAGCGAGGUGUUCCAGCUGCUGGAAAAGUACUGCAGCAAGAGGUCAAAACAGCGCUCACCUGAGAUGGCAGUGAGGACGAUUGCUGCCCGCCGUGUGAAAGGAAACGUCCCAGUUAUCUUUCCUGAGGGUCCAGCUCCCAGUGCAAGUUUCCAGAAGUCUCUGGAGGUUGUACUUGAUGGAGAAGUUUGUUUCUCAGGUGAGUCUUCCACCUGUGAUGAGGUGCACAACAGGAUGCUCAGUACCUCAGCGCACACGGAUGGUGAGUGUCCAAAGCGGCAGCAGGACACUUGUGUGAAGGUGAGAAUGUCGGAGUCCUUUUACUCUGCCUGUUCUAACGAGGCGUCUCGCUGUGCCGCAGACAUCGUCCAGAGACUGGUGGAGCUGAUCAGAGCGGAGGGAGACGACAUCGACAGGAAGAUCAAACAGAACCUGGGCCUCCAGCAGCAGCUCAGAGACCUGGACUAUGACAUGUUCAAGGAGCUCACCUCCAGCGUGCAGAGCCUGGUCCACCCGGCGGAGCAGGCGGCACCCUCUGAGGUUCACAUUCAGAGGCAGAAGAUCGCUCUGGCCUUCGAAGUGACCAGCAGGCUGUCAGCCACGAGUCUGGUCCACCAGAGGAGGGUGCUGAGCUUUGGAGAGCGGUACAUUCAGGAGAACCACUCGGCUUGGGUGGAGCAGCACAGAGGCUGGGCUGAAGCUUUCAGCAUCGACUGAGCCGCACGAACCUCAGAGGAAUCUCCAGGUGGAGGUCACCACGCUGUCAAAGUUCAAGUAUUUGAGCCAUAUUUGUUUUGUAAAAGUAGAAUUUUUUAAAAUAAACUUUUGAAAAACACACAUGCUGACUGAGUGUCACUGACAGUCUUUGUAAACUGAGAAGUUCUUACACCCAUCAAACUCUCGCUCCGCCUUCCUGGACGGUCAGUGACCUCGCAGCAGCCAUGUUAUUGGUCACACGAUGUCAUUACAAAUACUCCAAAAGGCUCCAACAGCACAAACGCGGUGCAGAGCUCAGCCAAGCAGCUACAGCCACCUGUGUCACCAUCCACCUGUCAGUCAAAGAGGCCACGCCCCUAACAAUGCAAACUUUCAAACAGCUACAGAGACCAAACGGUUUGUGUAUCAGACUGUAAACAUGUUGAUCUUAACACAGGAGUCUAUGAGUGCUGACUUCAUUCAGUUCAAUUCAACUUUAUUUAUACAAAUCACAACAACAGUCACCUCGAGGUGCUUUAUAUUGU